UCGUCUCACAUACAGUGUUCUGGAACAGGUUCCGGAUCCACCACGACCCUAACUAGAAUAAUGGCCGUCUCAUAACGUAUCUUUGUUACAAAGGGAGGAUUUUGCCAAAGUAGUUUUUCUGAAGGCUAUUUGAAUCACAAACCCAAAGUGAUGUGAUAAAGAAGGAGAGAUUUUUUAGUAUUUGGAAGGAAAUUUACAUUUACUUGUGCUAUGUGCUGUGUUCCGUUAAAGUUUAUGCGUAACUUAAUUGCUUAAAUCUUCGCCUAUCCCAUUAUAUGCCACACCAGUGAAAACAGGGCAUGUCACAUCAAUCAUGUCUGAACCAGUUCCAGUGAAACUUAGACAAGCCCACACUCAGCAACCCCACCCAAGUGUUGGUCGAUGGCUGCUUUAUGGAAGUGUAUACACAGAUUUUACAAACUGGAUAAAAUCAUGUCUUUGUUAAUUGCAAGACACCAUGAUAGCAAAUUACUCCUGCAAAUUUUAAGCAAUCUUAUAUCUAGAAUAUAAUUGCAGCAAGACACACGCAAUGUGUGACUUCAGCACUGGGGCAGGCGUCACUGGGGCAGGCGUCUGCAUCCUGUACUUGGUUACACAAGAAAUUCUUAGGAUUGUUUUUGCUUAGAAAGGAGUGGCAUCGUGCUGGUGAUAUAAAGGAAUGAGUUUAUGACAAACAGCGUUAAACAGAAACACAACACUGACUAAUGGAAGGUUUGAAACUUAUGAAUGCUAGCCUGGAGGAAGCUCAGAACCAUGUGUGGCACAAGACAGAAGGGCUAAACUCCACUUCUCUAGUAGUGAGGAGGGGAGAGCCCUUUAAAAUCACACUGAGCUUCAGUGGACCUUAUAUGUUAAGUAAAGAUCACCUUAUGCUCAGAACAGAACUAGAUUGCCUUUAUUGUGACAUUCCCAUCACUUCCUCCAAAGCCACAUCUCAGUCCCAGUGGUCUGCCUACUUUCAGCAGGGCAUGCUGGACCCCAGCGCCCCUCACAAGGCUUCUUUGUAUGUGUACAGUCCGCCCACUGCUAUCGUGGGAGUGUAUCAGCUGCAUCUGUUGUUCAUGUCCCGCAAUGGCUCUCACAGCUGUAGGGUUGGACAGUUCACCCUGCUCUGUAAUCCUUGGUGCACAGAUGAUGCUGUCUACUUACCUAAAGAAAACCAGAGGGAAGAGUAUGUGAGGAAUGACUUUGGCCUGCUGUACCAGGGCACGGCCAAAAACAUCAUCUUUAGGCCAUGGGGCUUUGAUCAGUAUGAGAGUGGUAUCCUGGAGAUCUGUAUGAUGCUGCUACAGGUGAGCAAUGAACACAAGAAAAACCAGAAGAGUGAUUACGCUAAUCGCGCUGACCCUGUUUACAUCAGCAGAGUCAUCUCAGCUAUGAUAAAUAGUAAUGAUGACUGCGGUGUGCUGCAAGGGAACUGGUCGGAGAAUUACAGCAAUGGUGUCAACCCGUCAGAGUGGACAGGCAGUGGAAGCAUUCUGAAACAGUGGGCCAAAUCUGGCUACAGGCCUGUUAAAUAUGGACAGUGCUGGGUUUUUGCUGCUGUCAUGUGCACAGUAAUGAGAGUACUGGGAAUCCCGACUCGUGUGGUCACCAACUAUAACUCAGCUCAUGACACUAAUGGAAACCUGGUGAUCGAGGAGUAUUACACUGAGAAAGGGGAAAAGCUGCCUCGUAAUCGUGAGAGCAUCUGGAACUUUCACGUGUGGGUGGAGUGCUGGAUGAAGAGAAGAGAUCUGAAAGCAGGAUUUGAUGGCUGGCAGGUGGUCGACCCCACUCCACAGGAGAAAAGCGGAGAAGUAUACAGGUGUGGUCCUGCACCAGUAAAAGCCAUUCAGGAGCGUCAGCUCGACAUGGCCUAUGAUGCACCGUUCGUCUACGCUGAAGUUAAUGCUGAUGUGUAUGUGUACAUUGUGCGCCAAACACAAGUACUGGGCUACACCAUUGAGACAGACAGAGUGGGUUCUCUCAUAUGCACCAAGAGUAUGGGAUCCAACCGACCACAGGAUAUUACUUCUAGCUACAAAAACACCAAAGCUCUACAGCCAUCUGUCAGAUCAACAAGUCCAAUGCCAGGACCUACUCUAGCCAACAACCAUGGAUCAGCAGAAGGUCUUUCUGUAGAGCUCAGCCUCAUUCGAGUGCCUGUGGUCGGAGAAAAUAUCUCCUUCUCAGUCACUGUGACUAAUCGUGGCAAUAUUAUGAAGACAGUGAGAGAAUACGUCAAUGCUCAGGCAAAGUGUUAUGACCACAGUCCAUCUGAUACCUUCUGGGAGGCCGAUAGCAUCAUCCAGCUUGCUCCUCAUAGAAGUAAAGUGCUACAGCACCAGAUCUCAUACAGUCAGUAUUCAGCACUGGGGAAUGAGCAGCUAGUUAAUUUGGCAGCGGUCAUAAUGGAUGUGGCCACUCAGGAGAGAGUCCUGGCUUCUGAAGAGUUUAACUUUGCCAGCCCAGUCAUCCACAUACAGGUUGCUGAUGAGGACGCUAUCAUUGCCCGCAGACACCAGGUUGCUAUGGUGACAUUCACCAACCCAUUCUCUGUGGCAGUGAGAGGCAUGUUGACGGUAGCCGGUUCAGGCCUGUUGGAGGACAAAGUGCUCAUCAAUGUUGCACUUCUGCAGCCCAGAGAGACCAUGAACAACGUAGUACGUUUUACACCAAAGAUGGUAGGUGUGAAGAUGCUGCACGCAAGUCUGAGACUGGAUAUCAGCCACACAGUUAUCCGUGGCUUCAGAACCAUUACGGUCCAACCAGCAUGAAAAGGGAGAACCAAGUACCUGAACCACUGACCUGUUUCACAUUCACGCCACACUUCCCGUAUCCAGCGGUCAUGUGGACAGAUGUCUUGGAAGAAUUAAGAACAAACUGCAGAGCACCAUGACUAUGUUGUGCCAAAUGUAAAAAGUUGAAAAUUAUUUUCUGUCCGACAUUUUUGGAACAUUUAGGGAAAUUCUGAAAUAUUUACACAGUGAUGUCAAAUAACAGUUUAAAGUUGCAGUGUACAUUUUUAAAUCUAAAUCUAAAUGUUAAAUGCAGCAGACAGUAAGCACACCACCAAGCAGCUCCACAAUACUGUAUGAUCAUAGGCAAGGUCUAUGAACAGCUGCUCUGAAAAACAGGAACACCAAUGGCAUCAUCAAGGCCUUUAAUGCUGCAGGUCAGUGGCUAAAAGCUGCCUCUAUGCUCUCCUUUCUGAAGGCAAUCAGAGAUGAAGAUUUAGCAUCAUGUCUGUAUUAUCCAUCAGACUCUGGUGUAGAGCUCAACUUUAGAGUGUGCACUGAGGCGCCAAGUAGAUCCAGGUAGAACCAUCAGAGGAAGAUAGAGGAGUGUUUUCAGAAAGUCUAAUGGACUCUGGCCUGCUUUACCAUUUCUAAUCAUUUGUUCUAUACAAACAAAAAUCAAACAGAGGAUGGUCAAAGAAACAGUGAGUAACAUAAUGGAUAAGGAUUCUGUAACGCCUAAUGCAAUUGAAAGUAAGCUCUCACAUUUUAUUUGAAAAAUAUUUCUCUGCUUUUAGGUCCACUCAGGAAAUUGGAAAUUCCACAGAAGAAAAGUGGAAUGCAUGUUAUUAGGAAGUUCAUCUCCUUGUUGAAAUAUUUACUGGGGAUUAAAUAAAUUAAAAUAUGCUUCCCAGACAAAA